AUGGGCAUCAAAGGGUUCUGGGAAGUCCUCACGGACCAUGACUCGAAGCAUCCCGAAUCACCCAUCGUGAAAGACGUGAACAUCGCGGAACUUGCCGCUAAGCACAUCGACACUUACAAGCGCCCGUACCGGAUAGCAACAAAGGCGAUCAGGGAAGGCUCCCAUAGGACUUCCAAUCCCUCCGAGAAGCAGAUUCUAUACCGCGCCUUGCGUUAUGCUAAGCUUGGUAUCCAAUGCCUGUUCGUCUUCGAUGGGCCGAAGCGUCCCAGGAAGAGGCACGGCGAGCAUGUCUACAACAUCAAGUGGGACAGUAAAUUAACGAAGGAGACCCUUCGUGCCAUUGGAGUUCCCUGCUGGUACGCGCCUGGGGAGGCGGAAGCGGAGUGCGCUGCCCUUCAGCGCGAGGGUCAUGUCGAUGCUGUCUUCUCGAACGAUGGAGACUCCUUCAUGUUUGGCGCCACUACUGUCAUGACUUUCAAGUAUGACGACGGCAAGAAGAAGUCUAACGACAUGGUUUGCUUGGUCAAGGCUGACGACCUCAGGAAGCAGUUCCAGGGUAUCGAUCAGGAAGGCAUCUGUCUCUUCGCUCUUCUGACUGGGAACGACUACGAUACCGAAGGCCUCCCACAAUGCGGAGGUGUUGCGGCAGUUGAAGCUGUCAAAGCCGGCUUCGGAUCCUCCCUGACGGCUGCGUAUCACAACAAGCAACUCCGCCAGUGGAAACAUGCACUACAGGAGCAUUUCAGGACCUGUGGAAGGCCAAUUACUGUCUCCAACAAAGCGACAACAAAAGUCAGUCGAGAGUCCUACUGGAACAACUUCGUCGAACUUGACGGCUUGAAAGACAUCCUGACUACGCGAUUCAACUUCUCAGCCCAAGAAUUUCUAGCUUGGUUGCCACAGGUCCUGCUUGUCCGCAGACUAUUGAACAACGAGGACGUCGAAGGUCUCAAGCUCGAGAUUGGGCGCAAGAUAUCGAGAAAGGAGUUCGGCAGCGCAUCUGUGUCGUCUGCGUCAUACAGUAGUGAAGCACUUGGUCUUACGGAAAGGUAUCUUGUUACCUGGCCCCAAAACGAUACCAGGGAUACGUCUAGGAUCAAGGACUAUGCAUACGAAGAACGACUGCACGCCGACAUUGUGGACAAAGUCCUGGAGGCUGGAGGCAUAUCGACCUUUGCAACAUCCAAGCAGGGCUCUAAGCGGAAGAGCGCGGAUACUUCCGACCAUCCACGUCCUUGCAAACAAAAGAAACCGGCCAGAGGCUCAAAGAGCCUCGAUCAUAUUAAGCAAACCCUGAGCGAAGAUGCUUUGCGAAAGCAGCCUUCCACCACAAAAGCACCAGGUACAACCUGCUCACAGUCGAAGCUCGUUUCCACGGCUCCUGCAGUCAGUACCACUGCUAUACACAGCGAGCAUAUAGCUGAAGUAGGCAGUCGUGCUAUUACAUAG